GUCCAUUCGCUGCGGAGCCGGAGGAGGAGGGGAGAGGCCUGGAGGACACCAACAUGAACAAGUUGAAAUCAUCGCAGAAGGAUAAAGUUCGUCAGUUUAUGAUCUUCACACAAUCUAGUGAAAAAACAGCAGUAAGUUGUUUGUCUCAAAAUGACUGGAAGUUAGAUGUUGCAACAGACAAUUUUUUCCAAAAUCCUGAGCUUUAUAUACGAGAGAGUGUAAAAGGAUCAUUGGACAGGAAGAAGUUAGAACAACUAUACAAUAGAUACAAAGAUCCUCAAGAUGAAAAUAAAAUUGGAAUAGAUGGUAUUCAGCAGUUCUGUGAUGACCUGGCACUCGAUCCCGCCAGCAUCAGUGUGUUGAUCAUUGCAUGGAAGUUCAGAGCAGCAACACAGUGCGAGUUCUCCAAACAAGAGUUCAUGGACGGAAUGACAGAGUUAGGAUGUGACAGCAUAGAAAAGCUAAAGGCCCAGAUACCCAAGAUGGAACAAGAACUGAAAGAGCCAGGACGAUUUAAGGAUUUUUACCAGUUUACUUUUAAUUUUGCAAAGAAUCCAGGACAAAAAGGAUUAGAUCUAGAAAUGGCCAUUGCCUACUGGAAUUUAGUGCUUAAUGGAAGAUUUAAAUUCUUAGACUUAUGGAAUAAAUUUUUGUUGGAACAUCAUAAACGAUCCAUACCAAAAGAUACUUGGAAUCUUCUUUUAGACUUCAGUACAAUGAUUGCAGAUGACAUGUCUAAUUAUGAUGAAGAAGGAGCAUGGCCUGUUCUUAUUGAUGACUUUGUGGAAUUUGCACGCCCUCAAAUUGCUGGGACAAAAAGUACAACAGUGUAGCACUAAAGGAACCUUCUAGAAUGUACAUAGUCUGUACAAUAAAUACAACGGAAAAUUGCACAGUCAAUUUCUGCUGGCUGGACUGAACUGAAGAUCAAUCCUCACAAUUCAGACUGAGGGUUGUGUCAAAACUUUAAGGAUACAUCUUGGACCAUAUCGUAUUUCAUUCUUCUAAUGGUGGUUUGGGCUUGUCUUCUAGUCUGGGCCGCUCUAAACAUUUAUAAUUCCAACAUUGUGGAUUUCAUCUUAUAUCUGUGGACCAUCCUAGUUUAUUCUCCCAUAAGUCUUAGAAGCUUUAUGGUGAUUAUUUUGAGGUUUCCAUUCUUGCAUAAAGCACAAUGCUGUCUUCAUCAGAAAAGAGUUUGGCAUAAGAAUUAAACAUAUGAACAUCACAAAAAAUUUAUAAAAACUUCUUAAAUAUAUGCUUUGGGCUAGUUGCAAAGACUAUGCUGAUAGCACUUCCAAUAAGAGUGAUAUAUUUAAGUGUACCAGAUCUGGAAUGGUGUUUGGUUUGGGGGGAUUUUUUUUUUUCCUGGCAAAUCACAUGUAUUGUUGAUGUGAGUAGAGUAACUGAUGUCAAAAUAACCAACGUGAGAAAUUUUUAGGAUAACUUGGUGUGCCUACCUGAAAAAUUUAUUGUGUUUCAGACCCUCAAUUUCAAAGGUUCCACAGAACUAGUCUGCACUUACCUUACCCAUGUUUAUAUAUAGUUGUCUUACAGGGAACUUUUAUUUAGGAAAUGUCUGCAUAAUGUUAGAUUCUACUCCUGUCUACAUUAUGCACUACAUAAUUGGAUUUCAUUAUGAUUUUUAAAUGCUUAUAUGCCUGUCGAAUAAGUUAAACUAUUUAAUUUGUUUUGAAUGUUUUAGAUUGCCACACAAUACAAUAUUCUAAAUUUAGGCAUGAGGGUUUAUUUUUGUUUUGUUUUGGUUUUUUUGUUUUUGUCAGCACACUAUGGAACACAAAUGAAAUUCUCUUAAUUUAUAAGAAGAUAGUAGGAAUUAAAUUUUGAAAAUGGUCAUGAUGAGCCAUGAAGUUCAAUCCUUAUAGGUACUGCUUUCAGACAAAUAGUCCAUUUUUGAUGACUUCUUAUUUUGUUGAAAUUGCUUUAACUGCUAAUCACUGUGGUUGCCAAAUACUUCAGGAGCAAAAAUUUUCAAGCAAGCAUGUACUUGAUGCAAAAUACCAAUCUGGUUUUUAUUCUUGUAAAUUAUUUAGUUUCUUCACUUUUUUUGUUUCGUUCGAAUUAGCUCAGUUUUCGCAUCAAAGCAGAAUUCUAUCUUGUAUGUAUUUUUUUCAUUACAAGACCCAUGAACUGCUUUCAUGCUGAAAAUGCCUCAUUUCUUUGUUCACUUCCUGACAUGUGAAGGGUUUCUUACUUUCUUAAACAUUUCUGUAAGGCAAGUAAAAAAAAAAAAAAGUAAAACUUCAUAUAUUGGAUGGCUUUGGUUUUUAGCAAGGAAUAGGUUUUUGCUUGGUAUAUCCAGGCAACUCUCUUAAUAUACCAAUGUUAAAAUUAUCAAAGGAAUGUACUUCAGAAUAGCAGUACGUUUUAUGUAGAUGUGGAAAUGAUUUUAAGAAACAGUGACAUCUUACAACUACUUUUUAUUUACACAGUUUCUGAAAUGGAGCUUUCCCCAUAGAUACUAUAUUAAUAUUCCAAUCAUAACUUUAACUCAAGAAUAUAAUUCUACCAAAAGAAUA